AUGGUUGUUUAUGAUGAUCAUAUUAUUUGGGAAAGGGAAUCUGAUGAAAAUGAAAGUUUUUGUUAUGCAAUUUUAAAUUAUAAAUAUAAAAUCAAUAAUGUAUUAUUUUCGCAUAUUGUUAAGCUCACUCAAUCAGAUGGGCCUUAUGUCACAGUUCCCUGCCCAGAUAUUGAAGAACAUAUCAAAAAUUCCUUUUAUCUUUUAAACACUCUUCAUGAACAUCUUGAUACACAAUUACAAGAAAAUUCACAAGCAGAUGAGCAAUCAGAAACUUCUACAGAUGACUAUCAACUAAGUGUAUUCCCUAUUACUCCACCAUCCGAAACAGAACCAACCAAAGGAACUGGUGAAACAAGUGCUUCCACAGAAGAGAGUAACUUAUCACAUCCAGUGGCAAAUUCAGAACAAUCGCAAUCAGAAACACAGGAUCAAACAGAUAGUUUAAUUCCAACAUCAAUUCAACCGGAGGAACAACAAGAAAUAACUCCCGGAACCCAGGAACAACAAAACGAAGAGGAAAUUCAUGAACAAGAAUCAUUUUCUACACCGAUGGGCAAUUUAUCACAGGAGCCAACAAAUGAAGAACAUUCACAAUUAGAAACUGAGGACAAUACACAAUCAAAUGAUCAUUCUGAAACAUGUACUAUACCCAAUGACAGUACACUAAAUGGACUCUAUCCAUAA